UCACUAACAUGAUUCUUAGCGUAACUUGUUCAAAUCAGCUGUCUCCUCCUGAUCACGAGGGAAGAAACAAAAUCGAUUGUCCAGGGAGAUCCUCCGUACAUGAAAGGACCCGGUUUAGUUUUGGUUUUUGGUAAACCAAACCGAGUGUGAGAGCUUUAACCGAAUACAAAAGGAGCGAGCGAGACAAUACACAAAACCCUAGCUGAGAUUCAGGGUUUUUUUUUUGUUUUGAACUUCAGACCUCGAUCAGUUUCGAGACCAAACUCUGGUAAGAAGGCCGGACAAUGGAUUCGGAGCAUCAAAGCUUGGAAAUUUUCCUGCAAUGGGCAUCAAAUCUGGGAAUAUCAGAUUCUCCCGAUCCCUCUCGGUGCCCUAAUUCAUGUCUCGGCCAUUCCCUCUCCGUCGCUCACUUCCCUCUCGCCGGCGGGAGAGGUUUGGGCGCUGGUCGCGAGCUCAGGAGAGGGGAAUUGGUUCUGAAAGUCCCAAGAAAUGCGUUGAUGACCAGAGAAAAUAUGUUGAAAGAUUGGAAAUUGGCGGUUGCUGUUGAUCGACACGCUUCACUUUCGUCUACCCAGAUAUUGGCUGUAUGCCUAUUGUACGAAAUGGGUAAGGGAAAGAACUCCUUUUGGUACCCAUACUUGGUACACUUACCCCGUGACUACGAUAUCCUGGCCACCUUCGGAGAAUUCGAGAAGCAAGCUCUACAAAUUGAAGAUGCUAUAUGGGUUACAGAGAAGGCUAUAUCCAAGUCUCAGAGUGAGUGGAAAGAAGCUUGUGUCCUGAUGAGAGAGUUAGAUCUCAAGCCCAAGCUUCAAAGUUUCCAGGCAUGGCUUUGGGCUUCUGCAACGAUAUCGUCGCGGACGCUGCAUAUACCAUGGGAUGUUGCUGGCUGUUUAUGCCCUGUGGGGGAUUUAUUUAAUUAUGAUGCCCCUGGAGAGGAGUCAAAUACUGCGGAAUUCACUGAGAAUGGGAUGCAUUCAUCUGCACUGCAGUCAUGUUCAACUUCUAUUAACGACGGUAGCAAUAUUCCAGAGGCAUGGGUUUUUGAAAAUCAAUAUGAAAGGCUAACCGAUGGUGGAUUUGAGGAUGAUGUUGAUGCCUAUUGUUUUUAUGCAAGAAGGAACUAUAAACAAGGAGAACAGGUUCUUCUAAGUUAUGGAACUUACACAAAUCUGGAGCUUCUUGAGCACUAUGGCUUUAUGCUAGAAGGCAACCCGAACGACAAAGUCUUCAUUCCUCUUGACACUGGCAUGUAUUCUCUGGCUUCUUCAUGGCCAAGGGAUUCUUUAUACAUUCAUCAAGAUGGAAAACCGUCUUUUGCUCUCAUAUCAGCAUUGAGACUAUGGCUGAUCCCUCCUCUCCAGCGCAAGUCUAUUGCCCGUCUUGUUUACUCUGGAUCCCGGAUAUCCGUGGAGAAUGAAAUUCUGGUCAUGAGGUGGGUAUCACAGAAAUGCGAAGCUGUUCUGAAGGGUCUUCCAACAUCUAUUCAAGAAGAUAGUAUGCUUCUUCACAACAUCGACAUGCUUCAAGAUCCUGAAUCUUGUCUGGAGCAGAGCGGAGUGAAGGAUUUCGGGAGUGAAAUACGUGCGUUCUUGGAAGCGAAUGACUCAUGGGUCGAGGAAAAUGGGGAUGUCGAAGAAUUUUCCGGGAAGGCGGUGAAAUUCUCGGGAAAAACGAAGAGGAUGAUGAAUAAAUGGAAAUUGUCAGUGCAGUGGAGGCUGAGGUACAAGAGAACUCUUGCAUAUUCCAUUUCUUAUUGUAAUGAGAAGAUAACUACUCUACUGAACCCAAUCUAGCUUUCAUUCAUAAUGCAACUUUGGAAGGAAAACAACAUAUUGCCCAGAGGCCUUGUAAUAUAACCUGAAAAUCCGUUCUCUGGUUC